AUGGAUGGGAUAAUCUGCUUUCUCUUGUCGAUGGUAAUUAUGCUUUCAUCACAUGGACAACAUACGAAAGCUGCCGUAAGAAUUAGCCUAAAAGCCAAACCACUAAGCUUGGGUAAUGGCAUUAACUCGACCACAUUUGAGACAUCAAAAAACCGCAUUAGGCUACGAAAUGACCAAAUCUACUACUACAGUGAUAUCGGCAUUGGAACACCAAACCAAAACUUCAUAGUCAUUUUCGAUACGGGAAGUGCGGAUUUAUGGGUACCGGGUACAAAUUGGCCUCGUGAUGAAGGACUUCCCACAUAUGAUUCAGGGAAUAGCCUAACUCACAUAAAUAAUGAUAACCCCGAACCCGCAGAAAUCAGUUAUGAUCUAUAUAAGAUUGCUGGUCUCCUUAAUACUGAUGAUGUCACCGUUGGUGAUAUGAUUGUUAAAAGACAAACUUUCAUAGCGGCAGACGGAGAAAUAAAAGAUGGAGGAGGUUUUCUUGGAUUACAAGCUUUCGAUGGUAUUUUCGGGCUGGCAUUCCAAUCGAAUUCUGUGAGGAAUAUAGUUCCGGUUUGGUAUAACAUGGUAGCUCAAGAUCUUGUUCAAGACAAAGUUUUCUCAAUUUGGUUAAAAUACUACAACCCACAUGAUAAAGACGGUGGAGCUAUCAUUUUUGGCGGAUUUGACAUGGCGCACUUCACAGGCGAGCACACGUAUACUCCCAUCACCAACAAACACUAUUGGGAGUUUAAGAUGGAGGAAGUACUCAUCGGAGGGAGGAGAACUGGGCAUUGCAUCGAAGGCUGUUCUGUCAUGCCUGACUCCGGCACUUUCGACUCUAUAAUUAAGGAAAUUAAUGAAGCUAUUGGGGCGGAUGGUGAUGGGAAGGUGGACUGUGAGAUGGUUCCUUCGAUGCCAGAAGUUUCCUUCACCAUUGGUGAAAGAUAUAUACGUUUUUGGGGUGAUGGAACGGAAGAGUGCUCAAGCAAUUUCGUGGCCAAUGCCGGGGAUAAUGAUGAUUAUCAUGAAGAUAAUCUUUGGAUUUUGGGAGUGGUCUUCAUGAGACGAGUCCAUACGAUAUUCGAUUUCCAAAAUGAAAGAAUCGGGUUUGCCGAUGCCGUACAAUCAGGGUAG